UUGGUCCGUCGUACAGCUAGAAUGUUGUUUGAGAUGGAAGUAAAGGUGAAUGUGGUUGAAAGAUCUCAGGAACGACGGAAAAGUGGAAUGGUGGAGCAUGUGGUGUUCUCGUUAGAACCCGAUGAAGAGCAUCGCACUGGCAAACGUUUAGCCUACAAAUUCAAGAGACAGACGCGGGCCACCAGCGAUCUAGAGACUUGCGAUCCGGUAAGCUGA